AUGCAACAACAGCUCCAAGGACAUCACCGCCAUCGUGUCGCCUUAAGUGAUGUUACUUCUCAAAUUAACAACAAUAGUCAUAACAGCCUUUCAAAUGGAAAUUAUACUUCAAACGGUCAUAACCCGAAUUUACAACUAAAGCAAACUUUAAGCCAUCCUGUCGUUAAUUUAAAUAAGAUCAAUAGUAAUAGUAGUAAUACCAAUCUAAUAAUUAAUAAAAGUUCAAAUUCACAGCAACAAAGAAAAGAAGAAUAUUAUGUAAAGGAAUUAGACGAUGAAUCAUUAUUAGAUAAUGAUAUUGAAAUUGAAAAUAGAAUAUUAUUAAACACUACGACUAGCAACUCUGAUAGUAAUUUAACUCAUAAUGCAGAGGAAGAAGAAGAAGAAGAUGCUGAUGUUGAUGAUGAUGAAGAAGACGUCGAGGAAGAGGAAGAAUUUUUAGACGAAGAAGAUGAAGAAGUUGAACAGCAAGAGAAUGCUAUUGCUGACGAAGAAAAUGGAGCUGAAGAAGAAGACGAGGAAGAUGAAUUUUUAGGACCUUUAUUACCUGAAUAUUCAGAAAAGUCUAAGCUAUUAUUUCAAGAAGCGUAUCAUCUUUAUCAUAGAGAUACACCAGACCCAAUGGAUGAUGAUACCUAUGACGUAGUAAUGGUUUCAGAAUUAGCCAAUGAUAUAUUCAAGUACCUGAAUGAAAUUGAAAUUAAAUACUCUCCUAAUCCAAAUUAUAUGAAAGAUCAACCUGAGCUAAAGUGGUCUUUCAGGAGUACAUUAAUUGAUUGGAUUGUUCAAGUUCAUGCAAGAUUUAAUUUGCUGCCAGAAACUUUAUAUUUAACGGUUAACAUAAUUGAUAGAUUCUUAAGUUUAAGCAUUGUUACAUUAAAUAAAUUUCAAUUGGUCGGUGCUGCAGCUUUAUUUAUUGCUUCAAAAUUUGAGGAAAUUAACUGUCCUGCUUUGAAGGAUAUAGUUUACAUGUUAGCUAAUGCGUAUUCGCGGGAUGAUGUCAUUAAGGCAGAGAGAUUCAUGAUUGAUACUUUAAAUUUUGAAAUUGGUUGGCCUGGCCCGAUGUCUUUUCUAAGACGAAUUAGUAAAGCAGAUGAUUAUGAAUAUGAUAUAAGAACUCUAGCGAAAUAUUUACUAGAAACAACUAUAAUGGAUUCGAGAUUGAUUUCUGCUCCACCAAGUUGGUUGGCUGCAGGUGCUUAUUUUUUAAGUAGAGUUAUUUUACAACAGAAAGAAUGGACGGCAAAACAUGUUUAUUAUUCAGGAUAUACCCAAGAUCAAAUUUUUCCACUAGCAACACUAAUUUUAGAAAAUUGUAGAUAUGCUCAAACCAAACAUGAAGCCAUUUGGAAAAAAUACUCUGAACGUAGACAACAUCAUUCAGCCCAAAUUGUAUCUAAAUGGAUUGAUCGUGCCGAACGUAAAAUGGAUAGCAAUCAUUAA